AUGGUAGAACACAUUUCAAAAUUCACAGAUAUUUUAGACGAUGAAAUAGACUGUUCGCAACCUAUUUCAUUACCUUCAUCAAAUAAUUCAGAUUUUCAAGAACAUGUAGUGCAAAAUCGACCACCUAAAAAUACCGGUCAGGAGGGUAAUUUUCGGAGCAUUGAAGAAAUAGAUCUAAAAUAUAGACACGUAUUCUCUUAUCCGUAUUUUAAUUUAGUACAAUCGAGUGUUAUUGAGGAUGCAUUAUAUACAGAUAAAUCGAUGGUAGUGUGUGCGCCGACAGGUUCUGGUAAAACUGUUAUAUUUGAAAUGGCUAUAGUACAUUUACUAAUGGAACUCGAAGAUAAAAAUUACACAGAUGAUUUUAAAAUUAUAUACAUGGCUCCAGUAAAAGCCUUAUGCACUGAAAGACUAUCUGAAUGGUAUCCAAAAUUCAACAAACUAGGAUUAUUGUGUAUCGAGGUAACUGGUGAUACGGACGUUGAAUUCCCACAGUUAAAGCCCUACAGAAUAAUAAUAACAACACCAGAAAAGUGGGACAUGCUAACCCGUAGGUGGAAAGACCACCGAUCUGUAGUCGAAGUUAUCAAACUGUUCCUUAUUGAUGAAGUUCACAUACUGAAUGAUGAAAUACGUGGACCAGUUUUAGAAGCCGUCGUCAGUAGAAUGAAAACUAUUGAAUCAUCAGCUCAAUCAGCCCAUCGUUUAGAAAAACUCAAAGCACAAUACGAAGGAACAAAUUCAAUAAGUUCAGUAUCAGCAGCCAAGAUAAGAUUCGUAGCAAUAUCUGCUACUGUUAGUAAUCCUGAUGACGUCGCUACUUGGCUCGGGACCGCAAAUCGACAGGCUGUUUAUUAUAAAUUCGGUGACGAGUGUCGGCCCGUUAAAUUAAAACGUAUAGUAGAAGGGUAUCCGUGUGCAGACGGCACUAGCAUAUUUAAGUUCGAUAUCGUACUUAAUUAUAAGCUUUGGCCAAUCAUCCAGAAAUAUCACGCCGGGAAACCUACUUUGAUAUUCUGCAAUACAAGAAAGAGUGUAGUUUUAACCGCGGAGACGCUCGCAAAAGAAAUAACGGUUAGCUUCAGCUCGGAACAGAAGAUGAAAUUGACAGCACUGGCGUCUACUAUAAAGACUAAGAAAAUUCAGUCAUUGAUCCUGUGCGGUGUGGGAUGUCACCACGCCGGCUUACUUUUUGAAGAGCGAAUGAACAUAGAGCAUGCGUUUCGGAACAGAGACCUUCCUAUACUUAUUACUACAACUACUUUAGCAAUGGGGGUUAAUCUCCCGGCACAUCUCGUGAUUAUCAAAAAUACUCAGCAAUACGUCAAUGGAGCUUAUCAGGAGUACAGCAUUAGCACCAUCCUCCAAAUGGUGGGUCGCGCGGGCAGACCGCAAUACGACACUGAGGCCACCGCAGUUAUUAUGACAAGAUUACAAGACAAGUCCCGGUAUCAAGCUUUAGUUGGUGGAAGCGAGCCUCUUCAAAGCUACUUGCACAAACGUUUAGCUGAGAAUCUAAAUAGUGAGGCAGCACUUGGUACUGUCUGCGACGUCGCUCAAUGUGUGCAAUGGCUCAACUCGACGUUCCUUAGCGUGCGAGCCGCGCGUGAUCCGAAGAGAUACCUGGGUCUUCCGCAAGCUGCGCCGGCGCACCAAAUUUCUAAGAAAAUAGAAGAGCUCUGCGUAAAGGCAAUGAAUGGUUUGGUUAGUGCCGGGCUGAUAACAAUGGAUGAAGCAAGCUGCAUAGAAUCGACGGAAGCCGGUCGUCUUAUGUCCGUAUAUUAUUUAGAUUUGGGAACUAUGAAACUCAUUAUGAAGCUGGAAGGAACAGAAUCACUGGAACGCCUCCUAUGGCUCGUGUGCGAGAGUCACGAGCUCUCAGACAUGCACCUCCGAGUUGACGAGCGAAGAUGUCUCAACGCCUUGAACAGGAACAACGCCGCGGCAACCAUACGUUUUCCUAUGAAGGGAAAAAUAAACAGCAGACAGAUGAAGCUUAACUGUAUAAUUCAAGCUGUGCUCGGUUGCUUGCCUAUCCCGGACCCUUCUCUCAACCAAGAAGCAAUGAAGAUCAUAAGAAUUGCGGAUAGAGUGUGCAAAUGUCUAGUAUCUUACGUAACACGUUCCAAUCUUAUUUCUCAAAACCCGAGAUUCUUUGCGACAAUACUGAAUUCAUUAAUCCUAGCUAAGUGUAUAUCGGCUCAGUUAUGGGAAAAUUCGCCUUACGUCAGCCGACAAUUAAAAGGGAUAGGACCGACUUUUAGUGCUUUGCUCGCGUCUGCCGGAAAAGUUAACUUCAUGAUACUAGAAGAAAGUCAUCCGAGAGAUUUGGAAAGGAUAAUGAACAAGGCUCCACCAGCUGGUAAUAUUAUGAGAAAACAAAUAAAUUUACUUCCAAAGUACAAUCUUACUACGACACCAAUAAACGAACAAACUGUACAAAUUAAACUGUCGUUGUUAAAUCAUGCCUUAUUGGCUGAAAAUAUCGAACACCUAACUGCUGGUGCCGGUCACAAGAGCUACGUGAUUGUCGGAGAUUCUGAAAACAAUCUGUUAUACUUUACAUAUUUUAAGGAUUCCGAUCUAAUAAACAUUUAUGACGGAAUCAUGACCUUUAAAAUUAACAGAAAACAUGAUAACGAACAUAAAAUAUUUAUUCACUGCAUUAGUUCAAGUUUUGUGGGUAUAGAUGAACAGUGUCAAUUUUUGUUUAAGGAUUUAUAUAAUAUUCCUUCUAACAUUGAAAGUGCUAAAUAUUCAGCAGCAGUGGCAGUAAUAAAUCCCAACAAACAAGCUACUUCUAAUAUCAACAAAGAAAGAAAAAGAAAGUCUUCAAACGAUAAUGAAAUAACACAAUCUAAAGAAAAGAAGAAGCGUGAAAAUGAUCUAUUAGCAAAAUUUAAAUUCCUUAAAAAGUCUUUAGGGAAGACUUCAAAUGAAUAUAAAGAAAAUUUUCAUAAAACUGCAGAACUAUCAAAUAGUAUACUACAUAAUUUGACAAAAUCAGAAAACUACAAUAUUGUGAAUAAAACUGCUAAUGAGCCAGACGAUACAAAUCUAAUUUUAAGUAAUGAUAUUCAAAACGCUUUUCGAAUAGAUUUUGAAUAUAACGACUCUGAAGACGAUAAACAAGUAAACGAUAUUCUGAAUGAAAUCGAAAACGAAAGAAAAACUGGAGAAAAUACAAUGAAUGCCACAAUAUCUGCAGAUGUAAAUUAUCAUGCACAAAAAACUAACCAAGGUCCACAUACAAGUACUUCAGCUAUGAUAUUUAAUACUUCUAGGGAUAAAAGUGGAAUCGGCAAACGCAAAACUUUAAAUAAACAAAAUAAUUAUAAUUUCAUAGAAAGGUUAGAAAAAAAUAUUGAACUGAAUAAUGAAGAUACCACGGCUGAAGCUAUUAAUGAAACUGGUUUUAAUAAUGCUGUGAAAAGUCAAAUAGAGCAAUAUUUAAAAGAAAUAGCUAAUAUAAAGAGCGAAAAAGCAAAUAUUAUAGAUGUAGGCGUUGAUUGUCAAAAACAUAAUACUAUUAUGAUGAAAAAUACAGAAGAGUGUAAAACCACAAAAUUUUCAGAAGAUCCAAUAUAUAAGAGUGAAAGAGAUUUCCUAAAAAAAGAAGAAAUUGCUUCGCAGAAUGAUUGGUUAUUACUCGAAAAUAUUAAUAAAAAUAUCGAUGCAAUUUCCGUCGAAACCAACAGAAACGAUUCAAACGUGUUACUUUCAAAAAAAGAAUUAAUUGUUAAAGAUGAAAACAAAACCGUCCAAUCGUUAGGAAAAGAAAAUAACACUUGUGACAUUGAGGCAGAAGAUUCUUUGUUGAGUAAUACAUUAUGGAAUAUGCCAACAAUAACAAAAAAUACUUCAAUUGCAUGUAUGAAUACAAUGUCAACGAGUAAUAUUUCUAAUAAAUUUCAAAUAAUACAACGACCUGCAGUAUCAAAUACUAAUCCCAUUGAACCAUUUACAUCAUUAUACAAGAACAAAUACUUAAUGACCUCUAGUACCGACGACAACUCUAAUAAGAUAAAUGAUCAUGUGAAAAGUUCAAAAGAGCAAAAAAAAUCUGAGUAUACAAGAAAACGUACCUUAAGUAAAACGCAUUAUAUUGACGCUACUAUUAAAAAUAAUUUUAAUGAAAAUGUUCAUUUGGUAGGAAAAUUGGAAAUCAAUUUAGACGUAACUGAAAUCGUUUAUAGCAGCGAAAAUAAUAUUCAUUCAAAUACGAUAGCUAUUGAAGAUUCAGAAAGUGCUUCUAAUGUGGAUGUUAUUGACAAAAAAGUUAUUCCAAAAAAUGAUAAAAACGAUGUCAUAAUAUUUAAUGCGCUAAAAACAUCAUGUACACAAAAUUCUAGUGAUUCAGAUAACAAUCAUUUUAUUUUGCACGAUCAGACAGAAAAAGUGUUAUUAAAAAGUUAUCCUAAUGUGAAUGAUAUCUUAAAAAAAUACAAUAAUUUAGUAAAAAGACGAGACAAAAAUAACGUCGAAUCUGGGCUAGCAAUGCCGAGCGAAAAGAUUAAAGAGAACAAUUUUACAUGCGCUGAUGUAAAACUAAAGAGAAAGUAUAGAAUCAACGAUUUAGACACAAUAAAUGUAGAAUUGCCAAAUUUUUUAAUAGGGGAAAGUCAAACAAUUGGCAUUAAAACUGUAGGUAACAUCGUAAGUCAAAAUAUAACAAAUACAGAACAAGAAGUGAAGUCUGAAAUCAUUGAUCAAAAUAUUCAAAGUAGUGUUUGUGAUCCGGAAGAUGAAACACACGAAAUAGGAACUAACAUAUCACCACAAUUUAAAUUAGAGGAAGUAACCAAUUUGGACUUAGAGGUAACCGACGCCAUACUUAAUCCAAAAAUGCUUUUACAGUGUAUAAGCAAAGACAUUACUAAUGACAUAAUACCUCCACCACCUGAAUUCGGCGAUAACGAUACUUUUCAACCAACGUCACCGUUUGUUCUACGUGAUGAUAAGAUUUAUAGGGAAUACGACUUGAUGGACUCUAAUGAUAGUAAAUAUGAUAACGAAAUAAAUAAUAUAUUUAGUGAAAAUUAUGAAGACGAUUUAACUCCAUAUAAAGAAAUUGAAACAUGGACGUUAACACAAAACGUCGAACCACGUGAUGAAGUAUUUAAUCCUAGUCAGUGUUAUACAGUUAAGCGUAAAAAUGUAAUUGAAAGUAAUCUAAUUUCUUAA